AUGAUUCCUCUUCAAACACUUUUAACACCACUCGAUAAUUUCUACUAUCAGUUAAAUUUACGAUCAAUUGCUGGUUACUGGAAAUUAUAUUCAGCAAAAUGUACUACCGAUGAUAAGGAUGUGACAAUAUUUAUUUUUAAUCGAAAAGAUAAUGUGAAAGCACCAUCACGACUAGGAAGUGGUAAUCGUCUUACAUUAAUUGAUCUUAUUCGAUAUGACAUUUCACAACUAUCAUCACUUGCUCAUCCACGAAUUUUACAAAUUCUUCACGAUAUUGAAGAGAAUAAAGAGAUGAUAAGUUUUGCCUCGGAACAUAUUCAAGCAAAUUUGGAGGUGACAAUGCUUGAGGAUGGACUUGGUAGAUUAGAAAUGAAACUUGGUAUUUUGCAGCUAAUUGAUGGCUUAUCAUAUUUGCAUAAUAGCGCAAAAAUACUUCAUGGUAAUUUAACACCAAGUGUUAUCUAUAUAACACUUUCAAGACAUUGGAAAAUUGCCGGAUUUGCAUUUUCGGUUGCUGCUCGAGAACCGAAUGUAUUUCCAUGUUUUCCUUGGACCAAAAAGCUAUCAGUUCAUUUGCAACCGGAUCUUGAUUUCCUGGCACCGGAAUAUUUGCUAGCAAAUAAGAAUUUGGUCACUUCGGCAGCAGAUGUUUUCUCGUUAGGUGUACUAAUUUGCUGGAUAUGUUCUGGAGGAAAACGAUUAAUUGAUGCUAAAAACAAUAUCGAUACAUAUCGUGUAAUUUGUGGACAACUUGAUACGGCAUUGAAAUGUAUUGCCGAUGAACUUGGACCAAAUUUAUUGGAUGCCAUGGAAAAAGUACUCAGUUUAGAUGUUGACAAACGUCCCACUGUUCAAUUUCUUGCCUUGAUCAAAUAUUUUGAUGAUCCAGCACUAUCUACACUUCGUCAACUUGAUGAUAUUAUGCAAGUUUUUGAUCCGGAACAAAAGAAUGUAUUCUUAUCGCAAACUCUUUAUGAUAAUCUAUCACUUAUUCCGGAAAAUUUAUGGUUUGUAAGGAUAUUACCACGUUUUGAUGAAUUUUUUAUCGAUUGCUAUGAUUUAUAUGCUGCCUUAUCUCGUCCACUUUUCUAUAUGUUAGAUCAAUGUGAAAGUCAUAAUAUAAUUAAGCUAAAAUCAUGGAUACAUCGAAUUGUAUAUCAAGCUAUCCGUUGCACGCUAACACCUUUAAUUUUGGAGAAUAUGAAUGUAUUAUUUCGACGUAUGUCUAAUGAUAAAGAAAUAGAGGAUCAAAUACAGGAUUUAAUUGUUAUGUGUAUUAAAUCGCAAGAUACUCAUAUUCAGGAUAAAGUAAUUCGUAGCAUCCCAUCAACAGCUGAAUUUUUUUCCAAAUGGUUCCUUUCAAAUCGACUUAUUCCUUCGCUUAAAUAUUUUUCAUUAUAUCUUAAUAACAGUAUUUCGAGACAAUUGGAUUUUUUGGCUUGUAUUGGAGCGCUAUCAGAUCGUUGCGAUUCAAAUAUACUGUAUACGUUAAUUGCAACAAUACGAAUGUGUAAUAUGAAACACGACGCUAUCAUAUAUACAGUAUCACGUUUGGUACAACGAAUACUAAUGUGUGAUGCUACACGUUUACGUGAUCGUACUGUAAUUUGUACUCAUCUGUUGAAUCCACUAACGCUUGCAUUAGCUUCAAAUGGUCUCAAAACGACACAGUUUGAAGAUUUGAUCAAUACAGUGCGAAUUUUAAUUGAUAUAGUUGAACACUUGAGAAAUACAGAAUCAGAGAUGGAUUCAGCCAAUAAAAAUUCUCUUUCAUCAUUUGCAAAAAUGAGCAGUCGACGAGUAAGUAUGAGUAGCAGUCAUUUACCUCUCGUUAUGAUCACUACUGCAAGACCUACCUGUUCUGGUUAUGGAUAUGAUUCAAGUUUGAGAAAGAUAUCAUUCCUGUCCGCAGAUGGCCGUUUGGAGGAUCGAGGUCGUACCAGUAUCAGUUCUAAAAUGGGUAGCAAAAGUUCUUUGGAAUCAAAUCUGUCACUGAAAUUAGGUAAUGCCAGCGAUAUAUCAGAUGAACAACAGCCGUCAUCAUCACUCGAAACUAGACGACAAUCGUGGUUGGAUGCUGAUAUCAAGCACCUCUUUGAUCAACCUAUCACCGAGAAAGUAGAUAAAGAGAGGAAACGUUGCAAAAGUGAACGACGAUCGAGAAGGCGCUCACCAAUUCUGGAUGAAAUUGGUGCAACGAGACAACCAACUAGGCCAAAUAGUUUCACUAAUUUAGGCCAUAAUCUGGCUUGUACGUUAUGGAAAACCUUUUAUUGA